UGUAUCGCUAAUUAUAUACAAAAAUCCCGAACCCAAUUAAAGGAAAAAACGAAGAAAAAUCGGAAAAACCCAAAACCCAGAACGAAACAGAAAACCUAGGACAUUGCAAAUGGGCAUCAAGGAUCUUCUGAGGUUCAUGAAACCUUACAUUGAACCCGUUCACAUUAAGAAGUACGCUGGAAAACGCGUGGGUAUUGACGCGUAUUCGUGGCUUCAUAAAGGGGCUUAUUCAUGUAGUAUGGAGCUUUGUCUUGAUUCCGAUAGUGAAAGGAAGUUGCGGUACAUUGAAUACUUUAUGCAUCGAGUGAACUUGCUUCGCUUCUAUAGAAUAACCCCGGUUGUUGUUUUUGAUGGUGGCAAUGUUCCUUGCAAGGCAGCAACUGAGGAAGAGAGGAACAGAAAAAGAAGGGCUAAUCGUGAGUUGGCAAUGGCGAAGCUUAAAGAAGGGAAUGUUGGUGCGGCUUCAGAGCUUUUCCAGAGAGCAGUGAAUAUUACUCCCCUUAUGGCACAUAAGCUAAUUCAGACCCUGAAAUCAGAGAAUAUUGAGUUUGUCGUAGCUCCAUAUGAAGCAGAUGCUCAGUUAGCGUACAUGGCUCAUCUUGGAGUAGAAAAUGGCGGAGUUGCAGCAGUGAUCACAGAAGAUAGUGAUCUGAUAGCAUAUGGCUGUCCAGCUAUUAUUUUUAAGAUGGACCGUCAUGGGAACGGUGAAAGAAUAGAGUUAGAGAAGGUUUUUUCUGCUGAGUCUGGUAGACCUUCAUUUCGGAGUUUCAAUAUGGAACUCUUGACAGGUAUGUGUGUCUUAGCUGGCUGUGAUUUUCUUCCAUCUGUUCCUGGAAUUGGUAUUGUUCGAGCUCAUGCUUUAGUUUCUAAGUAUCGGAACCUAGACCGUGUCUUGUCUGUUCUUAAGCUUGAGAAAGGCAAUCAAAUGCCAGAAGAUUAUGCCAAAUCCUUUCAAGAGGCAGUUGCGGUGUUUCAGCAUGCUCGAAUAUAUGAUACCAACGCCAGAGAGCUCAAGCACAUGAAGCCUCUUCCCCAAAAUUUUCCCGAGUCACUUGAUGGAAAACUUGAUUUCUUGGGACCAGAAAUUCCUUCAUCUAUAGUCACAGCAAUAGCUGAAGGAAACUUGAAUCCAUCAACUAAGGAAGCCUUUGAUAAGUCCGAAUGUUCUAGAUUUCCUCUACGCUCCAUUGAUCUCCAAAGUAUUGGUCAAGUCCAGAAAGCUGAAAUUCCUGCACCAUCUAGACAGGAGAGUAGCUUUUCAAUCAUUGCCUCUCAUUACACCAGAGAAAUCAGUACAGUGACAAAGCUCUCGGAUAAAGAUAAGUAUGCUGAUGAAGCAUUGUCACUUCAGAAACUACUCAUACCAAUGCCAUUGGGAAAAAAUGGAACAGAAGAAAAGACCAUAAUAUCUUAUGACACUCCUUCGGAGGUUUAUGACAACAAUCCAUUCAUGAUAAGAAAAAAGGAGGAAACAUAUCAGACCAAGGACACUUUUGGAAAAGUUUCUGUUGCCAGCAGCAUGGAAAAUGCUGACUUAUGCAUGUCUCCAGUUAUCUUUCAAGGAGAGGGGUCUGAGAAUCUCUCAAGGAAAAGGAAAUUUCAGAACAUUGGCUCAGAUAAAGUUGAAGUCACCGAUGAACUGGUUUCAGGAGUGACUGAAAUAGAAAAGUCUGAUAUUCUAUGUAUGACUAUGGAAUCCCCAGAAAGUAUAAAUUCUGAGACUAAGAAAAUUGCUGAGUUGAAGGGAAAAAGUGAAAGUAAAAUGAAAUCCAAGAGAAGCAACAGCAAGAAAACGGAGCGUAACAACAGAACUCUUUUGAAUUUCUUUUCUAGAGUGUAAUUCUAUUCAAUAUUUACAUGCCCAUAUUUUUUGUUGCGGCAAUUUUGAGUUUAAUUUUGAUACGACGUUAAUUAAUUCAAAAUUAU